GCCCAUUAGUUUUUACCUUUAGUAACGCUGAAAUUCUGAAGUUUUGUGCUGAUCAUAUUUGAUAUUGGACUUCUUGUUUUGUUCUUCUUGAACCAUAUCUAAAAACAAUUCAAAGAAAUGUAAAAAAGUUUUGAUGAAUAUAUUGUAGAUAUAUUCAGAGUUUCAAGAUAUUUCACGGUUAUUAUUAGGAACGAUGAAUAUCCAGUAAUUGAAUUUCUUCUAGAAUAGCGAUGGAAAUCAAAGUCCCAUGAAUUAAAUACUUUAAUGGAGGCUUAAUUUUUUACACCAAAAGUCUCGUGAGUCCAUUGUUGGAAGAUAAAAGAGAAUAUGAUUUGUCUUUUACUAUUAUUAUUAUUAUUUUAAUGUCAUAAAACAGUGCAUGCAGCUUAGAUAAAUUUAUGAACAUGCGAAAUUUAUUUUUUUCUAAAACAACACAUAAUCGAUUCAUAAAUGCCUUUGAACAGAAAUACACAGCCAGUCACUGCAUGCAGCAUCAUCCCAACGUUAUCAGAAUUUGGUUUGGAGUCGUCGUAAUAUUGGAAAGCCGCCACAGCCGUUAAAAUAAAGGUAAUGGCUCCGAUGAGAGAAUAAACCAAGUUUAUUUUUCGUUCAGAAGCUUGUCUUACAAAAGCGAAGUUGAUCAGGAGUCCUGAAGUGAUCACAAAAAAGAGGGGUGCGGCAGAAGAUAUUAAGAAUAAACCAGUUUUGGGAUGUGUUGCAAUGUAUAUAUGUGCACAACGAGAUACUCCGAAUUCCUCAUUGCAACGCCUCUCGUAUCUUUGCACUAUCAUGUAUAGUUUGCCCAUGAAGAUCAGCACUAAAAUAACCAAGCACAAAAUCCAAGCCACCGCUGUAAACCAGAAUGAUGGAGUCUUAGCUGGGUUUUGCACCACCAUUUCAAAUCUGAAAUAGAAAAGUAACUGUUUCAACGGCAGAGUGUCGUGGUAUGCCUGAGUGGUGGGGGUGCAGACAGGCUGUAUCGAUUCCCCCACUCAAUCCCCUAAACCUUUCCGGCCUGAACCUUGGGUGUGCUUGGAUCUCUUGACUCGUUCACUUCACUUCAGUUUAACCAACUAGACCAACAUGCAGCCCGCAAUCACCGAUCCCGUUUCCUUUAUGAAGGAUUUUGUUGCCGGAGGUGUAUCUGCGGCAAUCUCAAAGACAGCCGUAGCUCCCAUCGAACGAGUCAAGUUACUUCUUCAAGUCCAGCAUAUCUCCAAGCAAAUCGCCCCUGAGCAGAGAUACAAGGGUAUGAUAGAUUGUUUUGUCCGUAUCCCACGUGAACAAGGUCUUCUUGCUUUCUGGAGAGGUAACUUCGCCAAUGUCAUCCGGUAUUUCCCAACUCAAGCUCUGAACUUCGCUUUCAAGGACAAGUACAAGCAGGUCUUCCUUGGUGGUGUUGACCAAAAAACACAGUUUUGGAGGUAUUUUGCCGGUAAUCUCGCCUCUGGUGGUGCUGCUGGUGCCACAUCGCUUUGCUUUGUAUAUCCUCUUGACUUCGCCAGAACAAGGUUAGCUGCUGAUGUCGGCAAAGGUGGAAAGGAAAGAGAAUUCACUGGUCUUGGUGACUGUAUCUCCAAGGUUUUCAAGAAGGACGGUCUUGUUGGUUUAUACAGAGGAUUUGGUGUCUCAGUACAGGGUAUCAUCAUCUACAGAGCUUCAUACUUUGGUUGCUUUGACACAGCUAAGGGAAUGUUGCCCGACCCCAAGAAUGCCGGAUUCUUAAUCUCAUGGGCCAUUGCUCAGGUUGUCACAACAUGUGCCGGUAUUAUUUCAUAUCCCUUCGAUACUGUAAGGAGGCGUAUGAUGAUGCAGUCUGGACGUGCUAAAGCCGAUAUCGUCUAUAAGAACACAAUCCACUGCUGGGGAGUCAUCGCCAAGACUGAAGGUACUGGUGCCUUCUUCAAGGGUGCUUUCUCCAACGUCCUCAGGGGUACUGGUGGAGCUCUUGUACUUGUAUUAUACGAUGAAAUCAAGGGCAUCAUUUUCUAAACUAUAAUGAAUGCAUUAAAUUUCAAUCACCGAAAAUCUUCAGUAACACCAGUCUAGCAUUCCAAGAGGUCCAGCGGCCCAAUAAUGGAACCCGUAUAGACAUUGUUUAGUUCAUUAGCGAUUAUAAAAUGAUUCAAAUGAAACUCGUUCACAAAAAAAAAAGUAUAAAUUUCAAUAAAAUAAAAAAUAUAUGUAUGUAUAUUUAAAAUCAUAUUUCAUAUUUGAUUUUUUAAUUUAUUUUUGUUUUCUUAGGAAAAUAAAUUCCUAUAAUUUUCAUCGUUAUCAUACAUGUAUAUAUGCAUUGUUAUGUGAGCUAAAAAAAUAAAAAUAAGCUGAGCUGGGUCGCCUCACAUUCCAAAUUUAAUUUAUUUUUCACUCCCAUUUUCUGUUCUUUUGACUUUGUUUUACAUGUCGUUUGGAAUUGUGAGGCACAACUCAGUUAUAAAAAAAAU